AAGAAAGUAACAAAAUUAUUUCAUUUUCAUGAGAUUUUUCCUGAUUUUUCAAGUUUUGUAGAUAAUAUACAAAUCUGAGAAAGCUUAAUUUCAUAGAUAUAUGAGUAAAGCCUCCGUGUUAGAGGUCCAUGUGGGAGUCAUCAAGACCGUGCAUGUACAAGUUGAUGCUGUCAUGAAACUUUGCACACGAAACAUUUUAUUCUCAAGAUCUCUUGAGGUGGAUGGCAUCAUUUGUAUAUCAGAAGGAGAUGAUAAACCAGAAGUUGUCGUGAAAAUGCAUCGCACAAUCGUCAAACCGCCUGACACUCCUGAUGCAUUCUGUCAAAUUCAAGAAGCAACAGCUACUCAGUAUAGUCACAAUGAUGUCACGGCGCCAUUAACAACACAAGGGAAUGAAUUUGCCUUUCAAAAUAAAGAGACUGAAAACUUAGUAUCUAAUAGAAAAAGGAAACAGAAAUGUGAAGGACUUCAUAAGGUUAAAAAUGAACACAUGAAUUACCCCUCCUGUGCCUAUAAUAAAAGAAAAAAUGACAAUAUUGAGCUAACUAGUCCAGAAAAAUGUCUAAGAAUAAAAACUGAAAAUCCUGUAGUCGAGACUGAUGAAAGUAUUGAUGGAGGAACAGAUGUGACAAGCAGCAACUCUAAUUGGACACCAAGUAAUGCGUCACAUGAUCAACUCGGAUAUGGGACAACCAAUCACAGCGCCUCUAACAUUAACAUACAUAAACCAGUGAAUUAUCCCACUUGUGUCUACAAUAAAAUAAAAAAUGACAAUGUUGAGCUUACUAGUCAAGAAAAAUGUCAAAGCAUAAAAACUGAGCACCCUGUAGGGGAGACUGAUAGCAUUGGUGGAGAAACAGAUGUAAUGAACAGCAGCUCUGAUUGGACACCCAGUAAUGUGUCACAUGAUCAAGUCAGAUAUGGGACAACUAAUCACAGCACUGCUAACAUAAACAUAACUCCUGAUAAAGACCUUGUAUGUAAUAUCUGCUACAAGACAUUCGCAAAUGCUGGGAAUUUACGACGUCACAUAAGAAGUGCACAUUUGAACCAGUCCUUUCAAUGCCUGAAGUGCAAUAAGAGUUUCAAUUACUCUAGCAAUUUGAAACGUCACAGUAAAACUUGUCAAGGAUUAAAUUCAACCACAAGGAGUAAGGAACUUACAAACAAACAAGGUAGAAAUACACAGUAUGAUGAUAAUACAAGGCAAUAUGAUGAUAACUACACUGAGAAUGAUGAUAAUACCAGACAGUAUGAUGAUAACUAUACACAAAAUGAUGACAAUAUCAGACAGUAUGAUGAAAACUACAUACAGAAUGAUGAUAACACCAAACAUGAUGAUAACUCUACACAGAAUGAUGAUAAUACCAGACAGUAUGAUGAUAACUACAUACAGAAUGAUGAUAACACCAGACAACAUGAUGAUAACACCAGACAACGUGAUGAUAACUCUACACAGAAUGAUGAUAAUACCAGACAGUAUGAUGAAAAUGAUACGCAAAAUGAUGGUAACAAGACUUUGUAUAAUGAUGAUAUCACUUAUUAUGAUAAUAAUACAACUUAG